AUGGCCCCAAUCCACAAGAUAUUGCUAACAAUAAUGAUCGCCAUGGCAUUUCGGUCAUUCCGACAGUACCUGGCAGGUUGUGUAUGCAAUUUGGAAGGUCGUCUUGACAAUAAGGUAGCCCUCGUUUUGGCAGCAGACACCGAUAUUGGCGUGGCAACUGUUCGAGGCCUUGCAAGACGUGGCGCUCAUGUUGUUAUGGCUUGUCAAGUUGUUGAACGCUGUAACAAAGUCAAACAGCUACUUGUCCAAGAAUUCUCAAAUGAAAAGGGGGCAGGUGUCUCUGUUGAAAAGGUUGGAGACAAUAAACUCCGUGAGGAUAUGAUAAAGAGUGUUUCUUCUAUUAGGGCUGACCAGCUAUCUAUUCGGCAAGUGCACCUCGCUUCCGCGGCAGAAAUCAAGAAGUUCUGUGUUGCUUUCAAGGCCGAAUUCAAAAAGCUCAACAUUCUCAUCGUUAAUGCGGUUCAUUUCUCAGCUACCUACGACAGAACUGUCGAUGGUUUUGAGCGCAACAUGGGAAUGAAUUACAUUGCCAGCUACCUCAUAACUCAACACCUUCUCCCCCUUAUGGAACAAUCUGCCAAACCUGAUUUCCUCUCGCGAAUUGUUUUUGUCUCCUCGAAACUCCACAAGUAUGGCGAGUUACCAAAGUCGUUGAGCAGAGGAAGGGUGAAUAAGAAUGAUUACUCCUGGUGGAAGUCUUAUUCGUCGAGUCACUUGGCUCUUGUCACGUACGCCAACUACCUCAGUACUAAAGUGAGGCCAUCGAAGAUGAGAGUUAUCAGUGUUCAUCCGGGAUUUGAAAAUAGGCACUUUGGCAGCAUUCUGAAAGAGCCCUUCGCCUACCUUGCAACCUGGGCGGGUAAAUCAGCGUGGCAGUCUGCGCAAACCACGCUGUACGUAACUCUAAUGAGACCAGGCGAACCGGGUGUCUACUUUGAGGAUUGUCUCUCAGCCCAACCUCAUCCACUCACUUUUAACACCAAUGCUGCCAAAGAGCUCAUCAUGAUGACUAACACUGAAGUUAUGGCCUAUCUUUCUGAUGACAUUCCUUUGCAGAAGAAGUUGAAUGAUUGA